AAAAACGUGUCGCACUCUGCCACCUUGGGAUAAAGUUAAGAAGGCUCUCAGUCAAUAAACACUGGACACUAGAAGCCAACUAUCUUUCUGGCUUUUUAUGAUCCAUUUAAAAACACCCAACCGACUAUACUAAAUGCCGGGUGGUAGUUGGUGUUGUUUUCCGGGCCGGAGCUCCGAGCCCGACGAGCCACUUGACCCGGUUGUUCUUAUCUCGGGUAUUGGUGGGUCUAUUCUGAAUUCAAAGAAGAAGAAGUUCGGGUUUUUUGAGACCCGGGUCUGGGUCCGGAUCUUCUUGGCUGAAUUGGAGUUCAAGAAGAAAGCUUGGUCUCUUUAUAACCCAGAAACAGGUUAUACGGAAUCGAUGGAUGAUAGCAUUGAAGUUGUAGUCCCUCAAGAUGAUUAUGGACUAUAUGCAAUUGAUAUUUUAGAUCCUUCUUAUUUGGUAAAAUGUAUGCAUCUGACAGAUGUAUACCAUUUUCAUGAUAUGAUUGAUAUGCUAAUUGGAUGUGGUUAUAAGAAAGGAACAACAUUGUUUGGAUUUGGUUAUGACUUUCGGCAAAGCAACAGAAUUGACAAAUCUAUGGAUGAUCUUGUAGAAAAGUUGGAAACUGCAUAUAAAGCUUCUGGAGGAAGAAAAGUCAACUUAAUUACACACUCUAUGGGUGGAUUGCUAGUAAUGUGCUUUAUUUCACUUCAUAACGAGAUAUUUUCCAAGUAUGUUAACAAGUGGAUCGCUAUUGCAUGUCCUUUUCAAGGUGCACCUGGAUGCAUCAAUGACUCACUCUUAACUGGAUUGCAGUUUGUUGAAGGCUUUGAAAGCUACUUUUUUGUGUCAAGGUGGUCGAUGCAUCAAUUGCUAGUGGAGUGCCCCUCGAUUUAUGAGAUGCUGCCAAAUCCUGAAUUCAAGUGGAAGAAGCAACCUGAAAUAUUAGUAUGGCGGGGACAAUCAACUGAUGGUGAAGCUGCUGAACUGGAGUCAUUUGACACAAAGGAAAGUGUUUUUCUGUUUGAAGAAGCACUGAGAAAUAAUGAGCUCAAUUAUGAUGGGAAAACAGUUGCGUUACCUUUUAACUUCUCUAUAUUCAACUGGGCUUCUGAUACUAGGAAAAUUCUUAAUAAAGUAGAAUUACCAGAAGGGAUCUUGUUCUACAACAUAUAUGGAACAUCUUUUGACACACCUUUUGACGUCUGCUAUGGUUCAGAAACUUCUCCAAUUCAGGAAUUGUCUGAAGUAUGCCACACAUUGCCGGUGUACUCGUAUGUGGAUGGAGACGGAACAGUUCCUGCAGAAUCUGCAAAGGCUGAUGGAUUUCCAGCCACAGAAAGAGCAGGGGUUGUUGGUACACACAGGGAACUCUUAAAAGAUGAAAAUGUAUUUGAACUUUUGAAGAAAUGGCUGGGAGUACGUGAGGUCAGCUCCUGUUCGACCACAGCCAAAGUAAUGGAUGCAUUCAUGCAUUAAUCUGUAUAUAUAAUGAUUUAUACAGUAAACUGUUAGUGAAUUAUGUUAAAUCCUUGUAUUUGGAAAGGACCCAUCAUAAAAUAAUAAAAUGUUGAUGGGUGUAUCAAGUUAAGAAUAUGUAGGUACUUUGUAUGGAACGGCCCACCUAAAAUAAAAUGUGGUACUAUGCCACUUUUCCUACC